AUGUUUCAGAAUGAGAGCCUCAUUUUACUUGGCUGGAGCAUACAACAUGAAGAAAAUAAUUUCCAUACCAUAUUUUGUAUGUCUACCUCUUUUUCAGAAACAGUUAAAAGGAAAAUGAAACCCACCUUAUCCUUGUGUUUCUUGCUGGUUGGUUUGUGUACUGUUGUCCAGUGUCGGCAUCCUCGCUACCGCAAUAAGCAGGAUGAUUCUAAGGGGUCAUAUUAUCCAAGACACAGUUCUCAUGAGGAGGUAGUUUAUCCAUUUAAGAACAAAACCUUUGCCAAGCUAGUUCCCAGCAAUGCUGACUUUGCAUUUUCAUUUUACAAGCUGGUCACAUCCGAAGCAACUGAUCAAAAUAUUUUCUUUUCACCCAUAAGCAUCUCUGCUUCCUUUGCAAUGCUGGCACUUGGUGCUAAGGCAGCAACACUGACACAGAUUCUGGAAGGGCUUGCCUUUAACCUGAAAAAGACUCAGGAGCAGCAAAUACAUGAAGGUUUUUGCCAACUCCUCCACAUGCUGAACCGUUCGGACAGUGAGCUCCAGCUGAGCCUGGGCAAUGCCCUUUUUAUAGAAGAGACACUAAAACCACUACAGAAGUUCUUGGAUGAUGUCAAAAGCUUUUAUGAUUCUGAAGUCUUUUCUACUGACUUUAACAACUCCUCUGGUGCUGAGAAUCAGAUCAACAGUUACAUUGAGGAAAAGACAAAUGGGAAAAUUGUUAAACUAGUAGAAAAUAUUGAUCCUCUCACUGCAAUGGUUCUUGUUAACUAUGUCUUCUUUAAAGCCCACUGGGAGAAGCCCUUCAGUACUUUGUAUACAAAAGAGGAGGAUUUUUUUGUGGAUCAGGAAACAUCUGUAAAAGUUGACAUGAUGUAUCGAAAGGGUUACUACAGAAAUUACUUUGACGAAGAGCUGUCCUGUUGGUUGGUUCAGAUACCUUACAAUGGAAAUGCUGCAGCAUUAUUUGUUUUGCCUGACGAAGGGAAGAUGAAACAGGUGGAAGAUGCUCUCUUGAAAAGGACUGUGUCAAAAUGGGAAAAGUUCCUCCAAGACAGAAAAAUACACCUGCACAUUCCAAAAUUUUCUAUUUCUGGUACCUAUGAUGUGAAAAAGAUAGUCAAACAAGUGGGUAUGAUUGAUCUGUUCACUGAACAAGCUAAUCUGUCAGGGAUUACUGAAGAACCUGGACUGAUGGUUUCAAAAGUGAUUCACAGAGCUGUGCUGAAUAUUCAUGAGAAUGGUACUGAAGCAGCAGGGGCCACAGUGAAGGAGGUUACUUGGAGAUCUGGUGAUUUUCCUCAGCCACCUCGAGUCAAAUUCAACAGGCCCUUUCUCCUAGUGAUUCUGGAUCAAUACACCCGCACUGUCCUCUUCAUGGGGAAAAUUGUGAACCCUCUGAAAAAUGACUGA